CGUUAUCGACAUUCAUUGUUUACAUUUGGUUUUUCGAAAAUUUUAAAUUUGCUGAUUUCGUUUAAUAAUAUUAGAGUAAUUUCUUAAUUUUACGUUCUGACUUCGAUUGUCGGAUCACAAGAAUCUAGUACUAAGUAAACGUUACAGUAAUCGUUCGCAUGCACCGACAACUGCGACUAUGGGAAAAGAACACAAAAAGCACAAGAAACACAAACAUUCAAAGAACAAACACAAAUCGAAAGAUAAUCACGAAUAUCAUGUUCCGAUUGUUCCGCUCAAGAGCAACAUAUGUCCGAAGACUACGUCAACCCCGAACGAGACGAGAGACACUGCAGCAGUCAAAUCCAUUGGACCAGUUUUGCCACCCAAUCUGUCGAGCACCGUCGGUGGCAAAAACGACGAGACCGUUGCACCCGGUUCGGCAACCAGUGAACCCAACCACUCGUAUGGACCCAGUCUACCACCUCACCUAGUACCGCAGAAACGCGCUCCCGGACCGUCGUUGCCUUCAGAUUUCAAAAUAGAAGAAAGUGUAGUUGCUCAGCAGAUCGAUGACGACAUUUCGAGUUUUGGUCCAUUGCCGGCCGAGCUGAUAGCUUCCGAUUCUGAACAACUGUUCAUACAAAAACAAUUAGAAUUGCGAGCAGAGUAUAUGAAGCGAAAAUUUGCUGGAGAAGUGUAUGAUGAUGUCAAACAAGAAACAGUUCGAGAAAAAUGGAUGUUGGAAUUACCACCAGAAAAAGCUGCCAAUUUAGGUUUAGGGGCAAGACAAUUCAGAAAACGAGAAGCUCCCGACAUGAGCAACCGAUCAGAAUGGACUGAUACACCGUUGGACAAAGAACGUAAAGUCCAAGAACCAAAAACUACUGGUGAAACUGAUAUGGAGGCAUUGAAACUAAUCGCAAUUCAAAAACGUGAUGAGCAAAUGGAAAAAUUGGCAGAAACUUCAGUAAAACGAAAACCUUAUUCAUUAUUAGAAAUGCACCAAGAAAAAUUAAAAAAACAAAAAAAGGAAAAACUUAAAGAAGAACCUGUAGAAAGAAGACCUUUUAGUAGGGAAAUUGAUCUGCAAUGUAACAAAUUUGAUAAUGCUCAGAAACAAUCAAUAUUGAAAAAAGCCAGUCAACUGAAUAAUAGAUUUUCUCAAGGCGAAUCUAGGUUUCUUUGAAUUAAAAUUAAAUCAAAUUAUUAAAUUAUGACUUGUUGGUAAUAAUUAAUAACCUAUCAUUAA